UGUUCCAUAUUAAUGAUAGUCUUGUUCUAUUUGUAUUAGGACACACUAUGGUUCAUUUCUACUAUGCUUUCACAAGUUGAUCUGUUGGAUUAUUCUGAUAUUCGUUGUAUUAUUCAUGAUCAUUCUUUCUUUUUUAACAAUAAUUCCAAAUGAAAAAAAUCAAGCUGUAAUAUCAGGUAUAAUCUUCUUUACACAUAACUUUCACAAUGUUAAAAUUGAAUUUAUUGGAACGAUAAAAAUCUGUCAUUCAAUUCUAAAGUACUGUGUUUCUUCAUAAUGACAAAUCAAAUAGAGUUAGUUAGCAGAUACAAAUCUCACAAGUUUCUAAUAGUUGAUAACAAAAAUCUUUGUUUUUACCAGAAUCUCAUGUCAAAAUCGCUUGAGUCUUCUUAACUAAGAAACUAGAUUAACUACAUUAUUUUACGAGAUAACUUCAGAUUAUCAUAGAAAAUAGAAGAAAACUUGUUUUGAAAAUAACUGCAAAUUAUUGUAUUGGAUAACCAAAUAUCUAAUGAGCAUUAUCUAUAGACACGUCUGCUGAAAUUUAGGACAAGUUUAUAAGCAUUGAAUCAUAAUAGAGUGGGACUUUUCAAUGUUGUACAUAAUUUUCUGCUAGAAACAUUUGUGAACUUUCUCUAUUAAUUAUUAUUUGAAUUUGUAUUUGAGUAAAUGAUUAUUUCUUUGUUAGCUUCAUUAAUCAACACUACUACUAGUAUAACUACAACUACAACUAACAACAUAACACAAAUGCUGACAACUAAUAUAUCAACAACAACAUUCUCUUCAACACCGACAACAAUUUCUUCAUCAACAGGUCUGAAGAUUAAAACUGUUCUGUUUUAAAGAUAGGGUCAUUAAAAAGGAAAAUCAAACUCUCAUUAUAAUUGUAUUUUAUGAUUUUUACUGUAAAAGGAUAACUAUAAAAAUUCGACUAUCUCAUUUAUUCGACACUAUACAUUAAACAAUUUAUCAAUCUCUGUUUUGAUCAUAUAAUAUCAGCCAAAAAACAUUGUGAUACAUGAUGUUUUUAUUCUAAAUGUUCCAUUCAUUCAUUUCCACAUUCAAUUGUUUUUUUCAUAUAAAACUAACGCAAUCUAUUUUCCAAGGUACCCGAUACUAGUAUAUCUGAAGAACCGUUAGGUACUUCAGUAUCUACAAGUACUUUUCAUGUUUUCAAUAUUGAUACUAGAGUACUUCUACUUGCUCAAUCGACUAACUUUUUAAAAGUUCUUCAGAAAAUUCUAUAGAGAGGGUGUGGGUGUGCGUGUUAUUUUCUCAUCCACAUCCGCAUCCACUCACACCCCUCAAGAUUGUUGUAUGAUAAUUAAUCGAUGCAUCUAAAACAGUCAAUUACUCAAAUGAUCUUUCAUCCUCAAUGUUCGCACUAGAACUUGCAAACGUUUUAUAUUUCCCUCAAUCAUUUUCAUUUUAAACUCACGAUGUUCAGCUAGUUUCUCAACGACUAGUUAGUACACUGUAAGCUGAAAAUCUUUGCCUAGGAGGAAAUAGUAGAUUUCAGGACUUCAACGACCUCCACAGACUUCAAUAAGCGAAACUUCAGUUUUUCGAAAGACUUCAAAAAACUUCACCGACUUCAAGGGACUUCAAAGACUCCGAUAGACUUUUAAGAUUUUAAAAUACUUUCAAGAUAUUAUGAGACUUGAUGCAUAAAGUCUCUGUUGUUUUCCCAUCGAUCUUUGCUUACUAUCUAAAUUAUGAUAUUCCUAGAGAGUUCAUCAUUGUUUCGAUGGUGAAUUUUAUUAAUUGUUAUUGAAUUACGAUAAUUUAAUGUUUUGCAGUGGUUUGGGUCAAAAUCGCAUCCGAUAGUGUUAUUGGUGAUGAAAACUGUGCUGGAAUUGGCUAUAAUACGUCGAUAACACUGAGUUCAUGUGAAAGUGCUUGUCUGGCUAUGGCUAGUUGUACAGCAAUCGAUUUUAAUCCAGCUACUGGGCAAUGUACGUAUCGUCAAUGCACUCCCUAUCCGCCAAAUUAUCGAAGCCAAAGUGGUUGGGAAGUAUGGGCCAUCCCAACCAGUUUGGUUUGGGUCAAAAUUGCAUCUGAUAGUGUUAUUGGUAAUGCAAAUUGUGUUGAAGUUGCCUAUAGUCCGUCGACAACAAUGAAUUUUUGUGAAAGUUCUUGUCUGUUUUUGACUCAUUGUACAGCAAUCGAUUUUAAUCCAGCUACUGAGCAAUGUAAGUAUCGUUAUUGCACCACUUAUCCGCCAAAAUAUCAAAGCCAACGUGGCUGGGAAGUAUGGGCGAUAGAAAGAGCAAUAUCAACUAUAACUAAUUCAUCAUCAUCAUCGUGUCAGUUAACGUUUGAAAAAGUCUAUGUAUAUAACAAUGUAUAUCACAUUGACGACACAUUAAAUGGGGCAAUUGCUGUGAGUGAUUUAAAUAAUGAUGGUCUAUGGGAUAUUCUUAUACCUCUUUUUCACGCUAACUCGCCCCGUAUUGCAAUACUGUUUGGAAACGGCAAUGGUUCCUUUAUAAGAUCAACAAUGACAGACACGGGAUGUGGAUAUCCUGCAGCAUAUGUCGUUGUCGCUGAUAUCAAUAAGGAUGUUCAGAUGGAUAUUGUUACUGCUUGUAUCAGAUACGAAGGUAGACUAGGUAUCUUACUUGGAGAUGGUGACGAAACGUUUCGUGAGACAACAUCAUAUUCAACAGGACGAGCUAGUAGUCCCAUAUGGCUCGACACCGGUGAUUUCAAUGGUGACGGUAACUUAGACAUUGUUGCUUCUCUAAGUGGAAUUCUCGGUGAUCGUAGUGUAGGAGUGUUGCUUGGAGAUGGUAAUGGAUUCUUCGAAGGAUGUAAACAAUAUUCGGCAGGACAGAACAGUCCUCCGAUGUCACUUGUUGUUGGUGAUUUCGAUAAUGACAGACUAUUAGACAUUGCUAUCGGCAAAUUAAAUGAGCCACGGAUCAUUGUGCUUCGAGGAUAUGGUAAUGGAAGUUUUGGACCACCCAUAGCCAAUGAACAGGAAAGCAUCAUCUUUUCGAGUUGGAUAGGUGCCGCUGAUAUCAAUAAUGACGGUUAUCUAGACAUUAUCGUCACAAACAUAGGCCUGAGCAAUGUAGCUGUACUUCUUGGAAAGGGCGAUGGAACUUUCAGACCAACAAUGACGUUUUCAACGGGAUAUUUUAGUGCACCACGCUCGGCUGCUAUUGAAGAUUUCAAUGGCGAUGGUAUGCUCGACAUCGCUGUCCUGAAUGGCGCAGUCUGGAAUGUGGGAGUGCUUCUUGGAUAUGGGAAUGGAACCUUUGGAUUACCAAUGACAUUUUCGUUUCCAUUUGGAAUGUCUUUGCUCACUAUGGCUGCAGCUGAUUUUAAUCGUGAUGGUCGGAUGGAUAUUGCUGUUGCCAUCCAAUCAUCGACGAUUAGUUUAUGUAUUCUGAUAAACACAUGUGAAUGCUGUGAACGGGAAUUUUUCAAUAUGAGUAGAAUCACUCAUCAAUGA